AUGACAGACACUACCGACAUGCGCCCUGAGGAGUGUCCUCGUGGACUCCACCUGGACCAACUUCCUCUCUGCAGCGAGAAACGCGUCCUCUCCAAGCUGCGAAACGCGACUCACGAUUUCGCGUUCGCCUUCGACAUUGACGGUGUCCUGCUGCGUGGCACUUUGCCAGUCGAAGGCGCCAAACAGACUCUGGAAACCCUUCAGGCCAAUUCCAUUCCCUUCAUCCUCUUGACCAACGGGGGAGGACUCACAGAGUUGGACCACGCCCGGCGGCUUGGUCUCAGGCUUACCAUGUCCAUCGACGAAGACCAGUUCGUCCAAUCCCACACACCUUUCAGAACAUUCGUGGAGCAAUACAAAGAGGAGUGGAUUGUCGUCCUUGGUGGACAUGGCUCCCAUGUCAAGGACUUGGCCACCAUGUAUGGAUUCAACCCAGAGAAGAUCAUCACGAGCAGUGAUAUCGUCAAGCAUCACCCUAGCAUCCAUCCAUUCCCCGAGAUGACUUCGGCCUACCAUGACCAGUACGGCAAUAUCGCGGACGACUUUUCUCAUGAGGAGAAGAUCGCUGCGAUCUUUGUCUUCACUUCUCCAAGAGACUGGUGGUCGACUGCCCAUGCGACCCCUCGACUCGCACAGGGCGCAUUCCGUGCAGCGCUCGAAGGCAUCUGGUCAUCCGCGACCAAAGGAAAAGCGGAGCUGCAGUCGUGGACCUGCGGCAAACCAACUACAACCACCUACGAUUACGCCGAGCAGAUCCUGCAGAAAUACCAUCAGAAGAUCGAGCCCCUUUCCACCAGCCAGAUCAAGACUGUCUACAUGAUUGGUGACAACCCGGAGAGUGACAUCUGUGGUGCCAUCCGUGCGGACGAGACUUCAAGCCUGGCCUGGCGGAGUGUGCUCGUUGAGACGGGCGUGCACAAGGCUGAUAUGGUCCCUGCGUACGCGCCAACUGAGACCAAGACCGAUGUCUGGGAGGCUGUCCGAUGGGCUGUCAGCCACGAGACCAAGGUGGACAUCGGAGAGUGCCCGGAUACUUGA